CUUGCUGACGGAUGGAGUAUCGUCGCGUGGUGGCGCACAACCUGGUCCUGCUCAUCAGCGCCAGUACCGACGCCCCACCACCGUCCUCCUCAACCUUCUCAUCGGCCUUUGCAGCAUCGCAGAGUGACGGAAGCCGAGCAGCGGUUGCUGAAGCUGGCCCAGCUGGUCACCCUUAUGCCACUGCCCCUCCUGCUGCUGCUACUGCUAGCUGCGACGUCCAGCGCGCGUUCGUCCGCGCAGCACUCGAGCGCAUUCUGAUGCUGGCAGCCACCCCUGGCCAGCCCACCCAGAGCCAGAGCCAGACCCAGAGCCAGAGCGAGAGCCAGAGCCAGAACACAAGUCAGGCCGCUGGUUUUGGCGGGAAAUCUUGCUCAGAAUCUGGUCUCAGCAGCAGUUCCCGCCAUCCAGUGCCGCACGAGUCGGACGCUGACCAUCACAACAAUCAUGAGCAUGAUCGCAGUCAUUUUGGGUCGCUGCCUGAUCGUGCUUCGGUGGAUCCGGGCAAGCGUUCCAAUGGAGCGAAUGGACGACCAAGACGAGGCGACCUGUCGCGACGCAAGCUGAGCAUGCUGAGCAAGGAAGACGAUCAUCAUCAUCAUGAUGCUGCGGAUGGAAGUGAUCAAGCGAGCGCUGGCACUGCAGACGAGACGGUCAAUGCACGCCAGGACAUUGAAACAAAGAGCGACGAUGCGUCGGUCUGGGAGCGCAACCAGCUCCAUCUAAGUGCUGUUGCCAAGCUUGUAGCAUCGCGGGAAAUCUCGCGAGUUGCUAUUGUCACAACGACAGAGCGCGCCGAGCAGGUCACGCUGUAUUCGCAAUCAUCCGAAGGCAGUGAGAUCGGUUGGAUGGACUUUUCAGACCUGUCCAACGUCCGCAGCGCCUUGCAAAAGAUGGACCAAGUCGCAGCUACUCCAUCCGAGCAGCCAAACGGCACUAGUAACAGUCACACACCCGUAGCGUGUGCAGCCCUUUUGCAUCAGCUGCUUGAUCAACACAGCAAUCGCGCAUUCCGCUCAUCUCCCUGCCUGGUGCGACCCGGUGAGCGACAAGCUGCGGCAACUGCAGCUGGUGCCGCUUCUCCACGCAAGCCGACUCCGCUGUCACCCGGGGGAAUGCCUCUGUUUGAUUCGCCUCAGAAAAACAGCAGCAAACUGCAGCAGCAGCCAGUUCGGCCUCCACUCCCUGCAACGACACCAGAAGAAGACCUGCUGCAUGUCGUGUGGAUUACAGCAACUCCACUCGAGACUGCUGUUGACUCCACUGCCGCUCUCGGACUGCUUGGUGGGAUGCGACGCGCGUCCACUUGGCACGACUCCUUCGUGUCUCUUCUCUGCUGCGAGCAUCAAUGCAAGACAGGCGAGCGCUCUUCCUCGCAACAUAAACGUAUUCGUUUGGUGGAUGCCACCUCUGAUGCCUCCUCAUCGGCUGACUCUACGCAGGCCAUGGUCGAAGACUUCAUUCCCGGUGUCACGGUGGAAAGCUUUCGAUUUUCGCAUCCCUCUUCUGUUCACGAACCCGAAUCGCCCCGAGGACCAGCGCACACGCCGUCGUCAUCGACGAGACACAAGCGCUCCUAUGCGGCUGUCGACAACGAGACCUCUGGGCACGGCUGGUCGAGCUUUGAGCUGAUUUCGCAGUUUGCCCCAUUCUCUCCAUCGCCUCUUUCCGCCAGUCCGUCCUGUCAUUCAGUCUACUCGGCCGGCUUUGACAAAACGCCUUCCGUACCGCUGAAUGGCAGCAUUGCAGCGCUUGCAUUCCAACGUAUGCUCGCGCGAACUUGCAUCACUGCUGGGCAAAGUGUCGUCUGUGCUUGUGUCAAUCUGUCGGCACUCCUGCCCACUGGGGCUUUGUCUGAUGAACUCGUCCAAUCGAUGACACCUGCACAGCAUCGCCUGGCACACAAACUUGCGCGAGCAGCGCAGGGUACCAUGAUGCCCCAGAACAUUGCGACAAGCUCGCUGCAACUUUUGUCCAUUGUCAAGUGUGAAUCCAUGCCCCUGGAGCUUCUCGGCUCCCGCGAGUGCGAUAUGCAACUAGACAUUGCAUGCCUCGAUGGCACCUAUUCCCCCCAGACGGCACCUUGCUUGCUGCGAGCGUGGUUGGCGCGAGAACGAGACUUUCUCGCUUCUACGGCCACCACCCCGCUGACAGCGCGUCGGAUGCCAGGUAAUUGCGCCCUGUUGUUGCGGCUGUCCUCGAGUGCCACACCUCGGGCCGGGUUUGUCGCACAGAACGCAGGCAAGCCUCGGACCACGUUGAAUUGGCUUCGGUCUGCUUCUGUCUUGCCAACCGCGACGAAAUGGCGAUCAAUGGUGUGGUCCACUCCUCCUGCCUCAGACGAGCCCAUGACCAAGUCGAUCGAUACCAGCACUUUUGCGACACUCGGCACGCUGGUGGGUUAUGUGGCGGCCGAUGGGCGCAUUUUGGUCACUCCCCUUUUGUCGUCGAACAGGCUUCCGUCCGAUGUGCGUGGACCCCACCCUCAGAUGGAAGAGACGUUAACUGUGGAACGGGAGUAUCUUGACGCGCUUGCACAACCAACGCAGCUGUCCGCGUUCAUCAAGAAAACGUUGCAGCCAGCAUCGGAGCACGAGCCCGCCAUCAGCGUCCAUCCCUUUAUUGCGCGUGUUCUGGAAAGCAAGGGGCUGCGAAAUGUCCAAAACCAUGUCGCUUGCACUUCAACAAGUGUCUCGGCUACAACGAACGGAGCAACAAGUCAUUCGCAGCCCAUGGCCUCGUCGAGCAAGAUGCCAUCUGCCCGGUUGUUGCAGAGUGCCUCUGGUCUCGGCGCUUCUCCCAGCGAUCUACUUCACUCUGGUCCUGCGAGAGGAGGCAGCUCCACUGCGCCGCCAGCCCGGUUGGAAAUGGAUCCUGUUGCCAUGCAAUGCCGGCUGCUCGACUUGCGCGCGGACGACCAAGCGUCUGUUUCUCUCGCCGAUGUCAUGGAAACUGGUUGGAUUGCGGACAAGAAGCGAGCUGCGGCAGUUGCACGACUGUUGCAAGACGUCCGUGGGAAGGUUGAACGUGACUAUGACGCCGACAUUGCUGUUGGCACUCCCGAGCACUGGAAGGCACGGAUUCAAGCUCUCGGUGAAAUUCGAUCCUUUGCUCCGUUGAGCGCCCAUGGGAUUGAUUAUAACAGCGAGCAAGUGUGUGAUAUGGUUGACACGCACAUGAUGGUCAGUCAUUUGCCGCUGUUGGCUGCAACUGCGGAUUUGCGCCGACCCGAUCGGGAGGGCCGGGCCAGCACGGUCGCGUCUCACCGUAGAGAUGCCGCCGAAAUGAGUGCAAAUCAAGCCGACAAGAAAGCUCGUGGCGGUGCUGGACCCAGUCGAGUCCCCGCGUUCUCGGCUGCACAACCAUCAAAGAAUGUGCGGGCUUCCAAUGGUGCUGCGCUGUUACAAGAGAAGCAAGAUCGUCGCUCGCGAGAUGGCACUGCCCAACCAGCCGGCCAUGUCUCGCGGCCGAGCGCGGCACCCGAUCGCAGUAUCGAAGAGGCGAACAGACGUGAAGUCAAGCGUCUUUCCUCCGAAGCAAUUGGUGCUUCGAUUCCGAAGACUGACAAGCAGCAUGGCCACUUGGUUACCAUUUUGUACCGAAUGGUGAUUGUUCUAUUGGAGGCUCGGUCGGGUGGCUUGAACUCGGCUCUGAUUCCAACAGCCGAUAUUCAAUCCAAAGUCAACGGGUUGGUGAACCAAGUUGUCCCUAUCUCCGCCGAGAGCAGACCGCGCACUUGA